GUGGAGCUGGGUGGCCUUUGAGGUCCCUUCCAACCCAAACCACUCUAUGAUUCUAUGAGAAUGAAAAAGAACGCUUGCUGUGAGAGGAGGUUCUGCUCACUGGGUGCGAGGGCAGUGCUGCUGUGCUGCAAGCUGAUGACCACCCUUCUGCUCCCCUGGGAACCUGAGUGCUGGUGAUGGGCUUCCAAAGUCAUUGACAAGGUCUCAGCAAUUUCAGGAGUAUAAAAAGGAGUACUUGAGAUGGCAGCAAUGACAGAACUCAACAAUGUCCAUUCAGUGACUGAACUGCCAGAAGGAGACAAUGCUAACCACAGCUUCCAUCACAGAAUGUUUUUGGAACCCCAAGAGAAGAAGAGGAGCAUGAAGGCACUUGUGGUUAAGCAAGCAAGGAAAACUUGCAGCUGCACUCCAGCGAAAGUUAAAGACUAUGUUUUCAGUUUCUUCCCUGUCUUGCAGUGGCUUCCUAAAUACAAACUAAAAGAGUACCUACUGGGAGACGUAAUGUCUGGUGUGAUUGUGGGGGUCUUACUAGUUCCACAGUCAAUUGCCUAUUCUCUCUUGGCUGGACAGGAGCCUAUUUAUGGCCUUUAUACAUCUUUUUUCGCUAGCAUUAUUUAUUUCAUAUUUGGAACUUCCCGCCAUAUCUCAGUUGGCAUCUUCGGUGUAAUUUGUCUGAUGGUGGGACAAGUGGUGGAUCGUGAAGUACAGAGAGCUGGCUAUGACUUAGAGCCAGCUGCACUCAGUGUCCUCACAGAUACAGCAGAGGAUGUAAACACCACUAUUUCACCUGUGAAUCAGACAUUGCAGAAGCUGCUCUGUGAUAAAAGCUGCUAUGCAAUUACUGUGGGAGCCACCAUGACCUUCAUAGCUGGAGUUUAUCAGGUGACCAUGGGUUUCUUUCAAGUGGGCUUUGUCUCAGUGUACCUCUCCGAUUCAUUGCUGAGUGGAUUUGUCACAGGUGCUUCCUUCACCAUCCUAACCUCACAAGCCAAGUAUCUCCUGGGCCUAAACAUUCCACGGAGCAGUGGCAUCGGCUCCCUCAUAACCACGUGGAUAAAUAUCUUCAGAAACAUACACAAGACCAAUAUCUGUGAUCUCAUCACCAGCUUUUUGUGCUUUCUUGUACUUAUCCCAAGCAAAGAGCUUAACGAACAUUUUAAAUCCAGACUCAAGGCUCCAAUACCAGUUGAACUGGUUGUGGUUAUAGCAGCUACUCUGGCAUCUCACUUUGGCAACCUGAGAGAGACUUACGGCUCAAGCAUUGCUGGACACAUCCCAACUGGUUUUCUGCCACCCAGCCCUCCAGACUGGAACCUGAUUCCUAAUGUGGCCUUGGAUGCUAUCCCUAUAGCUAUUAUUGGCUUUGCCAUCACUGUCUCUCUCUCGGAGAUGUUUGCCAAGAAGCAUGGUUACUCCGUGAGGGCCAACCAGGAAAUGUACGCCAUUGGUUUCUGCAACAUCAUUCCCUCUUUCUUCCAUUGCUUCACAACGAGCGCAGCUCUUGCCAAGACUCUUGUCAAAGAGUCCACAGGCUGUAGGACACAGAUGUCUGGCAUGGUGACUAGUUUGGUAAUCCUCUUAGUCCUCCUUGUGAUUGCGCCUUUAUUUUAUUCCCUUCAGAAAUGUGUCCUUGCUGUCAUAACCAUUGUAAACCUCAGAGGAGCCCUGCGGAAGUUCAAGGACCUGCCAAAAAUGUGGCAUUUGAGCAGAGUGGACACAGUGAUAUGGGUAGUUACUAUGCUAGCUUCAGCGCUGAUCAGUACAGAGAUUGGCCUUUUGGUUGGUGUUUGCUUCUCUAUGCUCUGUGUCAUUUUUCGAACUCAGAGACCAGAAGCACCGCUGCUUGGCUGGGUGGCAGAGUCUGAAACGUAUGAAUCCCUGUCUGCUUACAAGAACUUGCAAACCAAGCCAGGAAUCAUGGUGUUCCGUUUUGAAGCACCCCUCUACUACAUCAACAAAGAGUGCUUUAAAUCCACUUUGUACAAGCAAACCGGGGUCAAUCCAGUCUGGGUGAAGGCAGCAAAAAAAAAGGCAGCAAAAAGAAUGCUUAAAGAGAAAGAGGGGGGUUCUGGUGGCAAGCAGACCAGCAUCUCCAUGGAUUUUGUCUCUGAACCUCUGGGGUUUCAUACAAUAGUGAUUGACUGUUGUGCAGUACAGUUUCUGGACACAGCAGGAAUACGCACACUCAAAGAAGUCUACAAGGAGUAUGGGGAGAUAGAUGUCCAGGUGCUACUGGCCCAGUGCAAUCCUUCAGUGAGGAGUUCCCUGAUCCGAGGAGAAUUCUUCAAAGAGGGGGAGGACCACCUUCUCUUCCACAGCGUGCACCAGGCCGUGGACUUUGCAUUGGGUGCACAGGGUCACAGUGGGACCAGUGCUGCUAAAAACUAGUUGUGGAAAGGCAGCAAGUUGGAACAAAGCCUGGGAAAAAAUGGCUGUGGGUCUGUAUGUCUAUGCAAUGUAUAUACACCCAGAUAGGAGGGGGCAGGGUUGGUGUUAACGCAGUAGUUACUAUGCAAUCUGGUUUGAUGCUUUAAAUUUACUUGCUGGAUAUUGUGAUUGAAUAUGUGGUACUGAAUGAAGGCAAUCCUUAACUUGAUUAUGGCCAGUCUGUGAAUCUAAGAGUUUUCAUAUGGUUGUUCAUCUCAUUUCUCUUCUGUCUUGAACUUUCUGUGUCUCAGUUCCCCUCUGAGUUUUGAUCAUCAGCGCUGAACUUUUAUAUCCCUGGUUUUAUGGAUGGGAUGGGAUUUUGUAGUAGUCUAGGCAUCCUGUCCAGCCAAAUAAUGAGAGACAACUCAUUUCUUGUCUCUUGUUCUGGCAUUGUUGUUUGUAAUCACCACACCCUUAUACUUUUCAAGGAAUGACAGACAGGAACUGUUUGCUCUCAUCUUUGCUCUGGAGUAAUUGGUUGGUGAUUUUGUAACCUCCCUGAAUUUGAGACAGAUAGAUAAAUGAAACCUAAACAUGCUUGAAAAAGUCUCCAUGAAUAGCUUCUAACCACCUAUCACCUCCAGAGGCUUUGUCACUGUCUCCUAGGAGCCUGCUGUGGCCAGGCAAUGGGGACAUGGUUACCUCGUUUCUACACGGGCCUUUAUGUACCUCUUUAUUUUGAAUUUUUUUGGAAUGAUUUUAUUUGGAGGUGAUUGUUUAGAAGUCUGAUUCAUGAUUAUGUUCUGUUGUUUGUUCUCCUAAUAUUUAGGAGCUAUUUGGAAUUGUGAACGUUAGGUACAGAAAAUUUCUAAUUCUUGAGUUUCAACCAAAAAAAGGUCCCUCAUAGCCAGUUUUAUAUGCCAGGCAGCUGGAAUCACAGUCACUAAAAUGAAAAGGGCCAAAUAUAUUACCCAACAUCUGUUCAAGUUUAUCCGCAUCACACAGACUCAAUGUGUGAAUGCGGGUUUUAUUCGUCAUAGACCCUUUAUGCAUCAUCUAUCAUAGAUUUUAAUGGAUAUGGACGGGACAAGAAAAACAGCCAUUAGAAAAGGAGCCAGAGAAAUUCUUUACUGAACGUUAUUUCACCACAUUAGUGUAAAUAAAACUUUGUACUUUGGUUUUAAAUUAUGCAGAACAGUGGAGAGUGCCUGUUCUCCAUGCUAAAAUACAAGCACCAGGUAGGAAGAGGUUCUCUUUUCUUACAGCGCUAGAAUACUGGGGAGGUGAGGAUGGCCGUAGCAUACGUUGAAAAGGAGCACAUAACUGAGAUCCAUGUGUUAUGUGUUCUGGAACUGGCAUUGUUAAGGCAACACGUCUCUUAAGUAUCAGAGAGAAAUUCUAAAGCUUCUGCAGCAUUCAAAACCUGCAAAUAUUGUUUUUUUCUCGGCCUUAAGGCAUGUUUAUACAAGAAGGUGAAUCUCAAAUAGCUACUGCGUUAUUUUUUCUUUAAUGCAGUAACCUCCUGUGAGAACUUCUUUAUUCUGCACUAAGAAUCCCCUAAGCAAAAUAAUAUUUACUGAAUUGGGAUUACCAACAUGUACAUUGUUACUGCAAAUGUUCCUGCCUACCCACAGGUACUUGUUCUCACCACUUUGCCCUUCAGACACGGGCAGCUGAGAGGAGAAGGAGGAACGAGCAGCUGGCCAGGAGUCUUCCUCUGAGUCGGGUCAGCCACUAGUGGGAUAAAAGUAGAGUAGAAAUUGCUCUGGGUGACUCUUUCCUCUUUCAAUUCACAGCUCCUCUCUCUUAUACUCUUUCCAUGCUGCUCAGAUAGAGUUUUUUUGACCUGUGACCAUGCAUAGGUUUGUGUAGCCAAAUUCUAACUGAGAAGGGGAAAACAAUAAUUAGUUAUUAAAAGAUGUUUUUUCAAAUCCAUUUCUACCUGUGCUGGGAAGAGAGGAACAGCAAUGUUACUUCCAAGAAGUACACACUUUUCAUAGCCAUCAGCAUGCAUAUUUGUAGGUCCUGGGUAUCUGUUUACAUAAAAGCACAAUAAAAGAGCCAUAAAUUGAUUUUCAGAGAAUUAAUUUAGAUUACAGCUAAAAGAUAUACUGAAGUGAUUUAUGUUUACUUACAGCACAUUUUUUUUGGCCUCAGUGCUGUUUGUGCAGCCACGGCUGGCAAUAUAGCCUUCAGUUUUCAACACAAGAAACCAUAUUAAAAUGCAACAGCAGAAGCAGCCAGCCAACCAAAAGAAUAACUUAAUGUUUUUAUUUAAGAUAGUGUCUAGAGGUCAUGGUAUUAGUAAGUCUGUAUUAAUGCACACAGCCCUGGUUAAAAGAGAACAGAAAUAAUGGCCAUUUGCCAGAGAAUUCAGUAUAAUGGAGAGUCUUUUGGAAUUAAGUGAAGAUUAGAGGUUAUCAUGGCUGGACUUUAUUAAACCACUGACUUUUCAGCUGUUUCACUUUUAGGUCUGGAGUAAUUUUUUAACAGAGACAUGAAUCUGAUUUAAGCCUACUAGCAAGAAGCACGUUUUGCUUCAAUAUGUUUACAGACCCUUUAGAAGCAAUCCUGUUUCACCUUUAGGAAUCACGGACCACUGAUUGAAAACUGUUGCCCUAGAGAAUUUGUUUUAUAAGGGAGUUUCUUUCACAUAGAUACACAUAUGUACAGACAUGUAUAUGUGUAUAUAUUGAUAUAUAUAUGUAUGUAUUAAUAUAUAUACAUACACACCUUGUGCUGCUGUAUGAUGGAUGCAGCAGCUAUAUAAUCCAGUUAUGCUUUUGUGAUGUUGCCAUUUCUGUCCUGGAAAGGGCUCUUCUGCCUUCUGCUGUUUUAAAUGAACAGCGGAAAACAUGUACUAGAUUUUAUAGGGGGAAAUCUGCUGUACCCAUUGCCUUCUAUGCUUUUUAUUAUCCCUACCUCACAGCUUAAUUUGUAAUCUAUAGGAAGAGGGAAUCUCAGAAUGUUUGGAUUUGGCUUUAUGCAUCUGUCUAGAACAGAAACGUUCAUCCCAGAUGAACCCUUCAGAAUCCCAGACCAGAAGGAAGAUGGUAUAAAUCAGUGGAUCUCCAUUUCCAAACAAACUAAUCAGCAAUUAUCAGUCUAAAUAAAGAAUUAAGAGAUCAUUAGCACAUUCAUUAAUGACAACAGCACAGCAUUAUGGAAAUUAACAUGGUCUCAGCUAUGCUAAAGACUCCUGGAAAUGCCUUUAGUAGGCCCCUGCUAAAUAUCAGGCUCUUUUUUUUACGUUUAUCACUGCUGUAGAUAGAUUAGUGUCAGUUCCUAAGGUGGCAGUUGCACUAAUGAAUGUUUCACUUGUGUGAACAUUUUGACAUAGAAACAUUUCUCAGUCCACUUCAUAAAACAGGGAAAGGUGCUGCAGUGGGGCACAUGGUGCUUAUUUUUCGAUUUAUAAUGACGUUGCCAGCCUUAGUGUUGUGCAAUUUAGUGGUCCCGAUUUCCUUAUAAGCUGUUGCAGCUCUUUCUUCUCCUCUCUAGAUCACUGCGAGACCCACUUCCACCUUCCUGAUGCUUCUUGCAGCGUUUUGCUGUAAGACAUUGCAUACAAUUGACUAUAAAUGGAACAAUCAUUGCCUUAAUGAGUGUCAGUUUUCCUGCCAGUUCUUUUGGUAAGGUUAAAGCUCCUGAACUUGUGUAAAACAAGCCCAAAAGCCCACUGAUUCUCUGAGGCUGGGAGAAAGGGGACUGCGGGAGGCUGGUAAGGGAGCACUGCUGUGUAUCCCCCCACAAGCACACUGGGGCCUUAGUGCAGUGUGGGGCUGUGCCAGGGUUUGUUUAGCGACGGGACUAACGGUGCCACCCAGAGAUGACAGAUUAACCAGGCGGUGUCUUUAUUAUAGGGCUGCUGUGACUCCGUGUUACGCAGCCAUGUGCCUUUCUCCAUAAUGAGUGCAAUAAUAACACAGGGACUGGUUCCUGCUCAGUGCUGCUGCGUGAGUCUCUGUCCCAAACUACACUAAAGGGUUUCGCUUUUCAUGCUUAUUAAUUUUUAUCUCAUUUUAACCUUAGUCCGCACACAGCUCUCCCAGCCAGGGCAGCAGAACUUCCAUGGCAGCUGCGUUCUUUCCCCGUUGGGCUGCCGUGAUGGAUGGAAAGGUUCCCUGUCUUUGGAAGAAACACAGCCGUUCCUUUUUCUCCGCUCAUAUCUGCUGGCAUGUCCCAAAAGACAUUAAAAUCCACUGCUGACGAUUCUGAAGUGCAGAAGUGAGGCAUUACAGGCAGGAAAGCAUCCUGGCUGCUGCACUGGCAUUUUAAGCCGGUUGAUACCCAGCUGAUUCCCACAGCCUUGUGCUGAGCUUGGCCGUGAACUCUGCCUGUUCCAGGUCCUGGAUCUAGGCUUACCUGGUAGAGUCCUGUCUUUCUGUGGCCAGUACUCCCUUGAGAAGACCAGCAGCACUGCCCACCUCCUCAGGUUCUGUUCCCUGAACCUUUCACCCAAGGGCUGUGCUAACUUGCUGUUCCCCACCGCACUUAGGUACCUACUCGCAUCACCUGUGCUGCUGGUUUGAAGAGCUUUGAAGUAGAUUGAAGUCACAUCACUUCCAUGUCUCUGCUCCAGAAAUGGUGCAGAGUACUUGUGCUGGCUUUGCACACGGAGAGGCGCAGGGCUCGCCUGGGCUCAGCGCUGACCUUAACCUCCCUGUGCUCCCAGCACGGUGAGGAGCUCAGCUGGGCAGUGGGAGACUGCUGGUGUAGGGGAAGACCAUAGAAACUGGAACAAGAGGAAACCCUUUGAGUUGAGGGCAAAACUCUUCAGACAAACAGUUUGUUUUAGGGCAUUAUCGUAUUUAUCGUGUUUGUGUGGGUUUUUCCUGCGUGCUUUGGAAAAGUGAUUAAAUGAUUGAGGUGAUUUACAUGUUUUCCUUAUUUUAUUUUUUUUACCGACAUGGCUAAGGAAGGUGUGACGCAGAUUGCAGUCAUCUGCUGCUCGUGCCAUGCAAGGUGCUUUGUGUCUGUGUAGCUUAAUUUUCUUUGCUGAGUCUCACUGUAGAGUACCAGUGCAAGACUUCAGUAUUGAUGUAACUGUCCACACUAGAAGGGCUUUGCACUUCUACUAUGCUGGCAUAGAUAAAAGGAGCAAUGUCUUUAGUGCAGACUUUGCACUGUGAAUGACCUUGUUGAGUCCCAAGAAUUGCUUGCACUUGGUUGUCAUGUUUAUAAGCCUUUGUAGCAUCAGGUGCUCAUGUGAAAAAACUACCUGAUCUUUAAUGUUUCAGUCAAAUUCCACCUGAAGUGGAAAUAAUUCCGAGUCCUGGUUUUUCUCUUGAGAUCAUUACAAUGCUAAAAGUGAGGCUUCUUGUUCAAUAAAAUGGCAAAUAUUUUUUAUAUAUAUAUAUUUAGUUCAUAGUAUAAUUAGUACCUUUAUAUUUUAUUUUCUAGAGACUGUAUAAGCUAAGGCUUAUGGCUAUCCUCUAUUGUGCAAAUACACAAAAUAUUACGGCGUUGGAUGGAGAUUCAAAUCUCCAUUGAGUAGCUUUACUGCCAAAGCUAUUUGAAUUCCAGCUCUGAAAGCACUUCGCUCUCAGCCCACCUCCCAAAUGAUCUCAGAACUCCACAGGAACAGAAAAUGAAACAUUUUGCUGGACUUCAGUCCAAGCUUUUUAUGUCUAAUUUUUGACUUAAGGAAGUACAUGUUGGGUAUAAUUGAAAUGGAGCUGAAACAUGGUUAAAGAGGAGUGAAGCCUCACUUUUUCUCGUAAGCACAUGAUGCUUUUUGUCAGUCAGCCUCCUGAGACCCUGACCGUCAUCUCUGGUACCUUACUGUGUUCUGGGGCAUGAGGUUUAGAAUAUUUUAUAUUCAGAAUAAUUUUAGGUAUUUGUAAUAUAAUGUUUUGUAGAAUAAACAAAAAGGGCAAAUUUCACCUGGAGUAGCUUUUUCAAGUUGGAGAAUCAUUUUCACCAAACAGGAUGUCAGGAAUGAAAUAGUUCACAUGGGUUGGCUGACCUAACCAGUUUUCAAAGUAGUUUAUUGGAAUACAACGUGGAGAAGUUGUUUGGUAUACAUAAAAGAUUGCCCUACGUUCCCCCCAGCUGGUGGUAGAACCCGUGGUGCUGGGGAACCAACUUGCCCUGUGGUGUCAGUCGAUGCUGGAUGGGUGUUUGCUAACAUGGACCUUGCCUUGCGCCCAGUGUGGGGUGAUGUGUGUGUUGCCAUCAGCUUCACAUUGAGUAUUGUGCUCACCUAAAACAUUUGUGAUGAGUUGUGGUUUGUCAGUCUUCUUGUUGUGUUUUACUAUCAGCUAUGGGAUGUAUCCUCUGCAUGUUGUUGACUCUCAUUUACACUGUCUCUGUCUGUUAGAUCUGUACCAAUUGUAAUUUUUAAAUGCCAAUGUGCCUUAGUGUUAUUCUAGAGAUUUGUUAGCACAAGAAUUUUCUAUCAAGUAUGGUAAAAUCUUUG